AUGAUGACCAAAAUCUCCACGCUCGUUGCGCUUGCAGCCCUUGCUAGAGCAAACGGGGACCAUGGCGGUGCUUGCACCAUCAAGACCAUCACGCCCACCACCACGAGCCCUCCCACAACGACAUCCACCCCCGACAAUUGCAGCACCCGUAGUGUCUGCAUCGACUUGGUCAACGAAUGCGGCAUGUGGUACGGCGGAUGUAUACCUGAUUGCAAGCCUUGGCCGACCUUUUCCAAGCCUCCUUGCCCUCCCACCACCACCACCACCAUGACAACCACGUCGACUCCCACCACCAGCAGCAGCGUGGAUGACUGCCACACGCGCACCAUCUGCAUCGACUACGUCAAUGAGUGCGGUAUGGGGUACGGCGGCUGCGUCCCUGAUUGCAAGCCGUUGCCGACCUUUUCAAAGCCCCCUUGCCCGUCGACGACGACACUCCUCACAAUCAUGUCUCCUACGGCUUCUAAAUAG